UGGUAUCUCCCUUUCUCUCUUCAAGGUCACAAGAUUUCCCUCAGCCCAGUGGUUGUGCAACUUUGGGGGAGGAGGCAAUGGGGCUCUAGGACUAAACAAUGCGCGUCUGCUCAACACCCAGAUCAGUCUUAGGCGGCCAAAAUUCACUUUUGCUCUCUUCAGCUGAGAGACCCAAGACUCAUGGCAGAGGGAACAAGACCACCAGGUGCCUAGUCCUUCUAAUCCUGUCGUCCCACACUACAGCCUGAUUAUCAGGCCCCAGAGGUUGCCUGGCCAAUUAAAGAGAGGUUCACUAGAGCGGUUCUAAAAAGGUUUCACAAAAGGAGCAAAACCUGAAGGGAGGUGAAGGACGACCUAGGAAAAGGAAGCAAGUUCUGUGUCACGGAGGCCCAAGGGCCAGGGGCUUAGGCUGUGGGUUGAGGGGAUUGUCUGAGACGGACUUAAACCUGCACCAGCUCCAGAGCCCUGCGGAAACAGAGAUCGGUCCCCUCUGGCGUCUAGGUAAGGCCCACCCUCCCAGACCGCAGAGCCAGGAUCCGACGGCAGCCUCUCCGGACCAAUCACAACCUUCCUUCAUCAAGGAGGCGGGGUCAGGGGGGGCUGACUUUUUCUUGUCUCCGCCCCUUUAGUCGAAGUAACCAAUUUCAAUGCGCCUAGGGGAAGUAAACGCAAUGGGAGUAACCAAUGACGCCAUGAAGCUUCUCGUGCGUGCUUGACCCUGCCUCUCCAGCUGCGACAAAGAUGGCGCGCGGGCUCUUGGGUUCUGUAGUUUUCUCGCGAUCCAAAAGGCUCCGUGCCCAAGUGAGUCCUUACCGCCUCCCUACCCAGCGGCUUCCCCUCCGCUAGUACGCAUGUCCACAGCCUCACGGCCCGGGAGAGAGGGGGCGCGGAAGGAAGGAGGCGUGACGGUAUUACAAACGAAAAAAUACGGCCUUCUCGAGAAGCGACGGCGGAGGGCCCGCUCCUCCCAGAAGGCGGUGCAGCCUGCCCGGGCGAGCCACGCAGAGGGUUGUGGGGCGGAUAGCUCCUCUCCAGAUGGAGGCUCAUGAAGUAGGGUGGGCGGGGGACUCCAUAUCCCAGCGUGCCCCGCGGCGGGCCCUACCGGCCGCGACUCCGGGCUUGGCCCCGGCCCUAGCUCGUCGGCUGUGUACUGGGGCGCGUGGAGGCUGCAGUCACGGUGGCGCCCGCGGGGACGGAGGAGGGAAUGAGUGAAGAGGAGCAAGGCUCCGGCACUACCACGAGCUGCGGGCUGCCUAGUAUAGAGCAAAUGCUGGCCGCCAACCCAGGCAAGACCCCGAUCAGCCUUCUGCAGGAGUAUGGGACCAGAAUAGGGAAGACGCCUGUGUACGACCUUCUCAAAGCCGAGGGCCAAGCCCACCAGCCUAAUUUCACCUUCCGGGUCACCGUUGGCGACACCAGCUGCACUGGUCAGGGCCCCAGCAAGAAGGCAGCCAAGCACAAGGCAGCUGAGGUGGCCCUCAAACACCUCAAAGGGGGGAGCAUGCUGGAGCCGGCCCUGGAGGACAGCAGUUCUUUUUCUCCCCUAGACUCUUCACUGCCUGAGGACAUUCCGGUUUUUACUGCUGCAGCAGCUGCUACCCCAGUUCCAUCUGUUGUCCUAACCAGGAGCCCCCCCAUGGAACUGCAGCCCCCUGUCUCCCCUCAGCAGUCUGAGUGCAACCCCGUUGGUGCUCUGCAGGAGCUGGUGGUGCAGAAAGGCUGGCGGUUGCCGGAGUACACAGUGACCCAGGAGUCCGGGCCAGCCCACCGCAAAGAAUUCACCAUGACCUGUCGAGUGGAGCGUUUCAUUGAGAUUGGGAGUGGCACUUCCAAAAAAUUGGCAAAGCGGAAUGCGGCGGCCAAAAUGCUGCUUCGAGUGCACACGGUGCCUCUGGAUGCCCGGGAUGGCAAUGAGGUGGAGCCUGAUGAUGACCACUUCUCCAUUGGUGUGGGCUCUCGCCUGGAUGGUCUUCGAAACCGGGGCCCAGGUUGCACCUGGGAUUCUCUGCGAAAUUCAGUAGGAGAGAAGAUCCUGUCCCUCCGCAGUUGCUCCCUGGGCUCCCUGGGUGCCCUAGGCCCUGCCUGCUGCCGUGUCCUCAGUGAGCUCUCUGAGGAGCAGGCCUUUCACGUCAGCUACCUGGAUAUUGAGGAGCUGAGCCUGAGUGGACUCUGCCAGUGCCUGGUGGAACUGUCCACCCAGCCGGCCACUGUGUGUCAUGGCUCUGCAACCACCAGGGAGGCAGCCCGUGGUGAGGCUGCCCGCCGUGCCCUGCAGUACCUCAAGAUCAUGGCAGGCAGCAAGUGAAGCCCCAGCUGGACUCAUGGAUAUGCACCCUUUGCUCCCUGCUCUUUCUGCCUCUGGGCUCAUGUAUCUGCGCAGCUCUGGUACCCUCUGUGGGUGCCAUCUCUACCUCUGACACAGACUGCCUGCCUUGAAGCUGAGAAGGCACAGGGCAAGGAGCCAAGGACCACAGAGCCUCAGCCAGCCCAGGAUCUGUCCUCAUUUUAUUGGUGAUGAUGAAUGGGAAUGAAAUCAGGGGGCUGUCUACUAGAGCCUGGAAUAAAUAUGCUGCUUUGUGGAUUUUUAA